AUGUCUACGCCUAAACCAGUUACUGUUGGUGUUCCGCAGGGAAGCAUUCUCGGACCUCUUCUCUUCCUAAUUUACAUUAAUGACCUACCUGAAUGCCUCAAACACUGCAAGUCGAUACUCUAUGCUGAUGAUACACUCCUAUACUAUUCUGCAGACAAUAUCUCAGAACUUCAGUCAAAACUCAACUCCGACCUUCAAUCCCUCUCCACUUAUCUGAACCACAACCUCCUAACCUCCAUUUAUAUUAAAGAAGAAAUUUACUGUAGGAGGCUCGAGUAUUUCGAGGAUUCAGCCAUUGAAUCCCUAUGGUUACUACUUAGACCUAAGCGUUUACCAAGAUCUAUAUCCGCUCUUCUACUUGCAGUCAUUUACCACACCACCUCCUCCGGCGCCAACGAGAACUUUGAACUGUACAACCAUAUCCAGCGUAAUGUCGAAUCCUUCCUUUCUCUGCAUCCUGAUGGUCUCGUGUUUGUGACUGGGGAUUUUAACCCUGUCAGUACAUUAUUUGAUGAAAAACGGUUGAAAAGAUUGUCCGGUUUAACUCAAAUUAUUAAUGUCCCAACACGUCACAACGCCAUGUUGGAUUGGUGUCUCACAAAUGCCAAGAAAGUCGUUUUUGAUGUAAGCCAGCUUCCUCCUAUUGGCUCGAGCGACCAUAAUGCCAUUUUAAUAAAACCCCAUAAAGAUCGUCUGGAGAAUUCGUGUAAUAAACGAGUAUGUAAAAGAGAUUUAAGAGAUAGCAGUAUAAGACAUUUUGGUCAGACUAUUACAUCUACCGAUUGGACCGAGAUAUUCGAAAUACCUGAUCCUAACAUGAAGUACCGGAGAUUUAAUGAGGUAGUUUCUGCAAUGAUGGAUUGUUUUUUCCCCAAUAAACCAACUAGUGUUAGGGAAUCUGAUAAACCAUGGAUGACGUCAUCGCUUAAGUCUUCCAUUAGUAAGCGACAAAAAUCACUUCAUAAGUACGGAAGAAAUUUACAAGCAUAUAGAUUUUGGCGCAAUAGAGUUCAACGGGAUGUUAAAGUGGCACGUAGAAAGUACUAUGCCAAUUCCGUGCAGAAGUUGAAAAGUGCAAACCCUUCCAGAUGGUGGAAAGAGGUUAAAUCCAUAGGGGGCCUCUCUUCUCGGGAAUCUUGGGUACAUCAACUACUUUCUGAAGUAAACCCCACCUGAGGACCUUGCUGAGUCAUAUAACGGAUAUCUUGUUGGACUUACUUCGCAUUUUAAACCCUUGUUAGAAUGCACCGAUGACCAGGAGACAGAAGUUCGCAACCAUCUACUCGUAAAUAUAGGGCAAGUUUAUUCAGUGUUGCGACGUCUUAAAACGACGAAGUCUCCUGGCCCAGACGGUAUCCCAAAUAGGAUCCUGAAAACCUUCGCUUUUGAAUUUGCCCCUAUCAUAAUGGACAUAUACAAUACAUCAGUGCUCCAGGGAGUCUUCCCUGAUCAGCUAAAACGUUCUAUCGUCGUUCCCAUUCCAAAAGUGUCACCACCUCAGACUAUUGAGGACGAUUUAAGACCUAUAUCACUCACAGCUCAGGUAUCUAAAGUGAUGGAAGGAUUUAUGCUACAGUCCCUCAUGUCGGAAGUGGGUCUUAAAUUGGACCCAAAGCAAUUUGCUCUUCCGGGAAAGUCAACCACUCAGGCACUCGUUUAUCUCCUCCACUUGAUUCAUGCUGCUUUAGAUCAAGGCCACUGCUCUGUAAGAAUCUUUUUUGCUGAUUUCAAAAAAGGUUUUGAUCUCGUCGACCAUAAUGUCAUUAUUGAUGAACUUUUAAAAUUACAAGUGAGUCCUGCCAUUAUAAGAUGGAUAAAGUCGUUCCUUACCUCCCGCGAAUCGGACCAUCCUUUUCCUCAUGGAAACCCGUUAACGGUGGCCUACCUCAAGGAACUAAACUUGGCCCUCUUCUCUUUGCCAUUUUAG